CCACGGUCCCUGGUCUGCCCGCCCGCUGCGCAUCUGCCCUUCUCCUCUGACUCCGCCCCGCAUCUGUCUGGAACCGCCUCCCGCCUGAGCCGACCCAGUGCGAGUCUGCCAGUCAGUCCCUCCGGACCUGCCGCGAGUCUCAGACUGCCGAAAUUACCGCGCGUCACUCGGUCCGUACCCGCCUCAACAGUGAUUCUGAGUCUGCUUUUAGCUUUCUUCUCCUUGGCUUUCUUCUGUUUGUGAACAGCUGCUUGGCCCAUAGCUUAGAGAAAUCAGCUUUUUUUUCUCUCAAGAGAGCCACCUCCCUGUACUCAGAAAGAUGGGGAGUGGAGAGCCUAAUUCUGCUAGCAAGAAAAAGAAGUACCUAAAGGCUGCCCUGUACGUGGGUGACUUGGACCCAGAUGUCACGGAGGAUAUGCUAUAUAAAAAGUUCAGGCCUGCUGGCCCUCUGCGCUUCACCCGAAUAUGCCGUGACCCCGUGACCCGCAGCCCCCUGGGCUAUGGCUAUGUUAACUUCCGCUUUCCUGCAGAUGCGGAGUGGGCCCUGAAUACCAUGAAUUUUGAUUUGAUUAAUGGCAAACCUUUCCGCCUCAUGUGGUCUCAGCCAGAUGACCGCUUAAGAAAGUCUGGAGUUGGAAAUAUAUUCAUCAAAAACCUGGAUAAAUCCAUAGACAAUAGGGCCCUUUUUUAUUUAUUUUCUGCCUUUGGGAACAUUCUCUCCUGCAAAGUCGUAUGUGAUGACAAUGGUUCUAAGGGUUAUGCCUAUGUGCACUUUGACAGCCUGGCCGCUGCCAAUAGAGCCAUCUGGCACAUGAAUGGAGUGCGGCUUAACAACCGCCAGGUGUAUGUUGGCAGAUUCAAAUUCCCAGAAGAGCGGGCAGCUGAAGUCAGAACCAGGGAUAGAGCGACUUUCACCAAUGUUUUUGUUAAAAACUUUGGAGAUGAUAUGGAUGACGAACAACUGAAGGAAAUCUUUAGUGGCUAUGGGCCAACUGAGAGUGUUAAGGUAAUAAGAGAUGCCAGUGGGAAAUCUAAGGGCUUUGGAUUUGUGAGGUAUGAGACACACGAGGCUGCCCAAAAGGCUGUAUUAGACCUGCAUGGAAAGUCCAUCAAUGGGAAAGUUCUAUAUGUAGGGCGGGCACAGAAGAAAAUUGAACGAUUGGCUGAGUUAAGACGAAGAUUUGAACGACUGAGAUUAAAAGAAAAAAGUCGGCCUCCGGGGGUGCCUAUCUAUAUUAAGAACCUGGAUGAGACCAUCGAUGAUGAAAAACUGAAGGAGGAAUUUUCUUCCUUUGGAUCAAUUAGCCGGGCCAAAGUGAUGGUGGAAGUAGGGCAAGGCAAAGGGUUUGGUGUUGUCUGCUUCUCCUCUUUUGAAGAUGCUACCAAAGCAGUGGAUGAGAUGAAUGGUCGCAAAGUGGGCUCCAAGCCCCUGCAUGUUACCCUGGGCCAGGCCAGGCGCAGGUGGUGAGAAUAAGAAUGCUCAAUUUGUUUCAGCCUUAAGCUGAUGCCUACUUAGUUUGGGCUACUUUGUGAUAAGAGGUUAUUUUAUUCCAGGUUUUUUUUUUUAAGUGAAUACUUUGUUUUGGGGAAAAAAAAAGUGAAACUAGAAAACCUUGUUCAUUUUAGUGAAGAACAUAAUUUCUAAUUGUAAAAUUGUCAUUUUUGUACUAUCUUUUGAUAAAAUAUCCUUAGGAAUAUAUAGAAUAAAAUUCAUCUCUCCACAUAAUUUUUUUUUUCCUAAUUCAGUCCAGGUAAGGUUAUUGGUUGAAUAUAGUUCCUUCCUUAUUCCAGUUAUAAUACUAAAUAUAAUUGCUUCUAUGAAAAUAUUCUCUAAAUAAACAAUAUUUCUGAAUCUAUCACACAGAAAACUUCUAACUUGCUUUUUGGAAAAUCAAUAGAGCAGGGGAAAAUGUAUGUGAUUCACUUAACAUUUGUGCAUAAUUUUACCUUAUUAUUUAAAAUGAAUAUUAUUUUAAAGAGAUGUGAGUUUCGUUAUACAUUUUUUUCCCUUUUCUACAAUAUUGUGGGCAUACCACAGAGUUGACAGUGGCUUUGACUAAGUGUUGGGAGUUUUCUUUAACUUCAUGCCUAGAGAAAUAAACAUAUUGGUGUUUUCUC